AUAUAAUUGCGACACGUAUACAUUACCUACCACCCGUUUAAUAAUACGGGCGGCGAAAAAGGCAUUGUAAUGGCAUUUUUAUGCCUGUGCGAACCGUCUUAAGGCGUUACACACAUAAGAAACCCCACGUACACAUCUAUAUGUACAUCAUCGAUUGGUCAGGGGCGGCGUGGCUUACCGUCCGACCAUUAACCCAGUUGUGUACCGCGACUGGCGCGGCCGGCACGCCACGCGACGCCGGCCGCCACUCCGACACCAUGCAACUACCUGAGCCACCGCCUCCACCUCUCGCUCCGCUUUGGGACCGUGUAAUCAGAGCCCAGGCUCUGCCACCCGAUCUUGAUGUUCAACUCCUCUAUAUAGCAAUCAGAGAUCGCCUUGUACAUUCCGAGUGGGAAGUCCGGCUACAUGCGCUGAGAGUACUUGCAGAUUUAUUACCGCUCUCCGGUAACGCUCUAUCCUUCCCUUUCGAUCAAGUUGUGGAUAACUUGGGACACAACUCGCCUAAUGUUCGCAAAGCGGCGUUGGACGCUUUGAAAGUUUUCUGUAAGUACUGCGAAGAUCCGGACUGCGCAGCACGUGCGAUACUAGACAAGUGUUCGUAUCAUAACAUUCGACCACACUCUGCAAACAUUGACACGAAAGUGAACGUUAUCACUGGACUCAUAUUAUCCAUGCCUUCUGUGUUGUGCAUAUUGAAGCGGAGGAAUACAUCUUUGGAUAUUUUUCCAUUCUUUGAUUUGCUAGGGGAUAAACUUUUCGAUUCUGCACAUAGAGAUGUUGCACAAAGAUCGCUGCUAAAAUUCAGAAGAGUUUGUGGAACAAGAGAUUAUGUGACAUUUCUAUCACGACUGGAUCCUAAAGUACAAGAGAAGUUCCGGCUUCUAUGCGAAACUUAUGACGAAGACUCUAUGGAUGUUUACUAUGCUCCUCGUAAAAAUAGUUACGACGAGAACAACCAGCAGCUGGUCAAAAUAAAUCAUACUUUCAGCAGCCCACGAUCUACGCCUAUGCGAAUAUCUACCGAUAGUUCCUCAGACGAAUCUUUCCGACACAAACCUUAUUAUAAUUUUGGGAGAGUUAUUAUAGAGACUGAAAUAAAAUUUGAUUCUGAUACAGCCAUCACAAUGACUGUUUUGGAAGAAAAUGAAACUGAAUCUGAGAGGAAUACGGCGAGUGAAGAAGAUUGUGAUAGCUCUGAUAGAAAUAUGUUAAAGUAUAGUGAUGGUGAUUCCGAAGACACAGAUGUGGUAGUUAAAAAGGUGCGCUUUGGUGGUGAAAGCAUAAAAAUACGGACACCGGACAGUGAGAAUCAAAUAACAAGUGAAGAAGAAAAUAAUUCGAAAAAACAAAUCGUGGAUAACAUUGAAGAAGUGUCAACGCAAGUAACUCCUAUUAUAGUGACCAAGAUGAACGAAAUAAAACGUGAAGCGACUGAAAGAGAAUCGAGAGUAAAAGUAGUGAAAAAGAGCGGUAUACCACUGCCAGUUAUAAAAAACAAAGUUCGUAAACCGGAAAUCGUCACCACUUACAGUAAAGUGAAGUUAAAAUCAAAAUCACUGAGUGAACUAUACGAUUAUUUCAGAUCAAGAAACGAACUAGAAGGUAAAUUGAGGGAAGGGUCCGGGUUUGCGUUGACCUUGACGGAAGCGAAUUCGCCGGAAAAGGUUCCAAGUCCGGUAGAGACUCAUAGAGAAGUGGAAGUAUUGCAUAAUUUGCAGCGGAGUCCUGCGGUGUCUCCGAAAAGAAAGCAAACACGACUUCAUCUGGAACACGACGGGUUUGUGCUGAAUCUGCUUGCGACGUCAUCUCAAUCGGAACCAGAUAUGUUGUCUCCUCGACCUCCUUCACCUUUGAGGGCUCACUAUACCUGGGAGGAUCUGAACAUAGUGCCAACACACGUGCUGGAACAACUACAUAAUACGGAAAACUGGAUCGCGGCAGUAAAAGCGGCGGAUCAGCUUCACAGUACACUGUUGGAAAUAGACAGUGUGAGGAAAGUGGAGCCAGCUGCCUUAUCACUCGUGCAACACAUGUGGGCUCUUAGCGACGCCGUGUCCGCAGCACGGGCACCAGUCGAAGGUGCCGUGUGUGCACUGUUCCGCAGCGCGAGCAACGAUUGCGCGCGUCAUAUUCUGCCAGCCCUUGUUGCACGAAUGACACGCGAGCCUCUACCUGCAGCGCUGCCACAUGCGUUGCUGCAAAGAAUAGCUCUGCAUAAUGUCGUCGACUUAAUUUUUGAUCCAGAUGUGAUCGGGGUAUCAGGAAAAGCAGAGACAAUUCAAAAUGCACAGCUACGUGGAACGCUAUGUUUGGCGCGAGCAGCUGGACCCGCAGCUGUACUGUCUGCAGUCAGGAGACGACUUGUCGGCACUGAAAGAGCUGAUAUUUUUUGUAAUAAGCUAAGAGAACGGUUAAGCAAACCUGUAGAGUACAUCAAACCAAGUCAGAUGACAAGAUAUUCCCAACUUCCGCUACCGGUCAGAAGGAGAGCUAGAUCGACUCCGCCCCCAGCUGCACCUCUUCCUCCUCGAAGAUUAAGACCAUUGCCAGAUUCAGCUCCUCUACCUGGUAAUUCUCAACCCGGAAGAGACUUUAUAGUAAAACGAUUAUCUCCAAUUCCUUUGAGCGACAGGGAUUCGAGCGCUUUCACGAGCUAUGAUGAUGAAAAGAAGCCAUUAGAUGAUCAAAAAAAAACAAUUGUAAACACUAUUUUCGGGGACACGACCGAAGUUCCGGCAGACCAAGCUGACGAACCAGCUUCACCACCACGAUCACCAUCCAUCCGGGUAGAGGAUUAUUCAGAAAAGACCAACCCUUCGAUACGCAGUGUCGAAUCUCAACAAAGUAUAGCUGAAAAUGUUUUGAACGACUUCGGAUCCCAUAAAUCACCGAGUGAGACUUUAGAAUCUCCGAUUAUACGCUCGAGAAGUGAAAAAUCUAUACAAAAUUCUGUUUCGUUGAAAAGUAGAAGCACAUCCCCUAGUCCGACGAAAAGUUUUAAAAGUGGUAACCUGACGCCUGAGCCUACCAGUGACGUAUACGAUGAGCAACCAUCUCUAUGUGAAAGAGACGUUCGAACCGCCCUCGCGGAAUGUAUUAUUCCAGCAAAACAUGAGGAUUGGGAAGUUAUCGUAAACAGCCUAUUAGAAGUGCAGCGACUAGCCGCAGAUUUAGGUGCUAGAGCACCUGCAGCGAGUUGGCGAGCCGUGGUGCGCUCAGCGUCCACACACGUUCGCUCUUUGCGGUCUAGAGUGGCCAGAGCGGCUUGUUCUACUUUAGGUACUCUAUUUGAAUAUCGCGGUCGCGCCCUUGAUACUGAACUGGAAGAAGCAGCGUCAUCUCUGUUAGAGCGUUGUGCAGAUGUCAACAGAUUUCUUAGAGCAGAUGCAGCGUCAGCUUUAGUUCGGAUUGCGUGUGGAAGUAACAGUGCCAGAGCUGCUGUAGCUUUAUCACGUCGAGGUGCGUCGCAUCGCGCCGGGCCGGUUCGCUCUGCCGCCGCCCAAGCAUUAUCGAAGCUUGUUCAACAUAACGGAGCUAGUAAAACUCUAGAUAUGUCAUCGGAGCCUCGAACAGUAUUUCUAAGGGCGGCUGGGGAACUUCUGGCGGAUGCCAAUCCUGAAACUCGUGUGCACGCACGAAAUCUUUGUCUUGCAUUAUCGGAGGAUGCACGCUUUCACCAGAUGUUAAAGGACGCGAUGUCACCAAGCAGGUAUCGAGCUAUCGAGAAAUAUGUUGACAAACUGCGAUGUCGAUGAAAGAUAGCUAAAAAUUAAUUUAAUAGAUAUGUCAGUGAUAUAAGAUAUCCGGCCCCAAACUUGCGAUUCUAAAUUUAUUUCAGGGAAUGCUUUGUGAGCGAGGCGUUCCGCAUUUGUAUGUACUUACUUAAUAUUACACUUUAUUAUAUAGUCUAGCAGGCUAGACGACAAAAGAAUUUCGAUGUUUUACAAUGUUAUAAUUACUUGUUUUGUAACAGAAUGUAUUGUAAUACAUACCGACGUAUUGCUUUAUAACAAAUUAAAUUUCUUUUGUGCUGCGUUGUGUCAUCAAUUAUAGUGCACAAAUUAUUUAUGAAAUUAUGACUGAACUGUGCGAAAGGUAUUUUUGUAGAAUUAGAUAAAUUUAAAUGAAAUUGUUAUCCU